AUUUUAUAAAACUACUUACAAGAGCACGUGGAAUACACUAUUAAACAAAGCCAUAGACCAGUUUGACCUAUUACAGAAUUAUGGUUCAACUAACAGUGGACCUAAUUGCUAGAAGCAUCAGUCACAAGAAUCUCAGUGAAGAGAACUUUGGACAGUAUCUGCGAAAAAUAACUCAUCUGAAUUUAUCAGACAAAAAUAUAGAUGCAAUUGGUGACCUCUCUUUGUGUAAAAAUCUUAGAGUUCUAUAUUUAUAUGAUAACCAUAUCAGCCAAAUCCAGAACUUGGACUUUGCUUCAAAUAUAACACACCUUUACCUUCAGAACAAUUGUAUUUCAUGUAUAGAAAAUCUCUCAUUGCUGAAAAACCUUGAAAAACUGUAUCUGGGUGGCAACUGCAUCACUGUAGUAGAGGGUUUGGAUAAAUUAGAAAGAAUAAGAGAGCUACAUAUUGAAAGUCAAGAUCUCCCUCUUGGUGAAAAGCUUCUGUUUGAUUCAAGAUCUCUUAGGUCCCUGGCAAAAUCUUUGUCUGUGUUGAAUAUCAGCAAUAACAACAUUGAUGAAUUAGAAGAACUGGCAGUUUUGGAAAAUCUUUCUUAUUUUAGAGCAGUUGACAAUCAGCUUCAACAUAUGAAGGAUUUGGAGGUUGUGUUAACCAGAUGGACAAAGCUACGCAGAAUGGAUCUUACAGGAAACCCUAUCUGCCAAAAACCAAAAUACAGGGACAGGAUUGUAGUACAGUCACGAACUCUGGAAUCCCUUGAUGGGAAAGAAAUUAAAGAAAUGGAAAGACAGUUCCUAAUGAAUUGGAAAGCCUCCAAAGCUGCCAGGAAAAAAAACAAAGAAAGGAUGACAAAUGAACAUGCAGCCUAUCUACAUUUUUCUGACUAUGAAACACUUUAUCCUAUUCUUCCCUUUCACUACAGUCACUCUGUGAAAGAAAACCCCAAUUUUUUAGUUUUGUCUGAGAUACACAAGGUUAAAAGUAAACAUCUGCCCAGAAUCCUGGAAAAAAAAUAAGUCAGAUGAAAAUUCAGGUUGAUGAGGAAUCUGAAGUAAAAGCAGACAUAACUGGAAUUCUAAAAGCCAGAAGUUACAGGAUGUGAAGAUUUUGCCAUUAUUGGAUUUUUUUUUUUCCCUUCAAAUCUCACAAAGAAAGGUACUGGACUCCCUUUUGGAUAUGUCAUCUGUGUCUUUGUGGUCUCAAACCCAGGCAAAAUGGUCUGUUGAAUAUAACACUGCCUUUUAAGAGCAUUCAGAAAAAUAAUCUGUUUAUUUAGAAGCAAUUCUUUGUAUUGAAAGCAUAUAAAAACAUCAGCACGCGGUAGGCUCAACUGGUUGCCUAGUACGUAAAGUUCCAUGGGAAAGGAGUUGUUCUUACGCAGUGUCUUACCUAGUUUGUGACCUGAAUACCCGAGUAGCUGCUUCUUUCCAUAUAUGAUACUCUUAGCAGUUAUGCAGGGGCAUGCUUAUAGUCUCUUACUGCAAGAAGAAAGGAGCUAUUAGCACAUGAUUUUGGAGAGCAUCUGUACUCCUAAAAAAUAAUUUCCAUCAUUUGGAUUUUUCCAAGUUCUGGUGAAUAAUGUGGAAUAGUCAGGAAAAAAAUGUACAAGAAGAUUAAUCAUGUCUGUACUGAUUAAUUUUUGGAUUGGGAGUAUUACACAUUAAUUUUACUUCCAAUUCUGUUUUAAGUAACCGGGACUUGAGUUUGGCUGCUUUGCAAUAGUUGGAGUAAUUAAAUGGACACUCAAGACUUCUGAUAGAGGAAAAUUCCAAACGUACAGAUAAGGAAAGGAAAGCCCAGAUUGUAAAUUGCCCUUGGAAUAAAACCUUUCCUAAUGGAGGUCUUCUGUAUGAAGGUCAGUUCAGCAUCUUAUGCCUAAGACCCUCUCUGAAAUAAGAAAGGACUUUUUCCUGAAUAAGGAAAUCAGGAUCUGUCUUUUCCCAUUCAAUGUUUUGUGUAUUUAGUUAUCAUUUAUAUUUUAAUGCCCUUUGAUAAAGAUAAUUCAAAUAAAUUUAACUCCUGCAUGCACUCUACCCUUGAAUAACAAGGUCUUUAUCUUCAUUAUAAAGAAACAGAUUUCCAAAACUAACAUAGGAAAUGAAUGAUACUAUAACCCUGAGGUGCCACUUGCUUCUGUUAAAGCUAGUCAGUCAUUUGCCUUGAAAAUAAGAAAAUACAAAACAGUGAAUAAAGCUCUGAUAUGUAGCUGCAGUUAUUAGUCCAUUACUGAAAUUAGUAUUAAUCAAGCAUGAUACUUCUUGGUUUAGCUGUUGUCAUCAAUGAUAUUCAGGUCGAGGAAGACAGAAAAACAUACAUUUAAAAAAGUUGCCUCUUGUUUAGGCAAUUCCCAGCAAAGAAUGUCAUACUUUUGGUGAGCACAUUUGAAGUGGCAGCUGCUGACUCAAUGUGGUGCAUUAGUCACCUCCUGAUCUUUAUAGCACAGCAUUAUCUUUCCACCUUACACUUCCCUCUGCCUUACACACACCCAUUCAAAAACAUUUAAUGGAUUUCUAAUAUUUCUCAACAUGGGUUAUGCUCUGUAAGCCAUCUAGAGUGUGAUUUAUUUUUCAUAGGUUCCGAGUAUUUCUGGCUUAAAGAUUUUAGUUUCUUGUACAUU